GGUAAAUGACUUUUCUGGUGAGUUUUGUUGACUGCUCUCGUUGAACUGUCCACUACUGGUUCGAAUAGUUCAAUCACAGAAUACUUGGUGUAAUGCAAGGUCUUCUCCGUUAUUUACUAGGAUUUUGAGGUUUAAAGUUUAAACUGUAUCCGCAUGCAAGGAAAAGGAUUGGGUAAGGCUAUUAACUUGUUGACGUCAAUUGACUUGUAAUAUCUCGUGCAUUAAAAAGGAGAAGAUGCUACCAAAUUGGAAGAAGCCCCGUAUUAAAUUGGCAGUCCAAUCUUUAGUUAAAACUAUGUUUUUGUUAAUGGAACAUCUAGGAGCAAAGAGAGUGACAAUAGUAUGAUGUAAAAGGAAACCAUGGAGCUUACUUUGGAGAAACGAUACCCAGUCUAUCCAAAAGAUUAUAAGUUACAGGAAGAAAUUGGAGAAGGUGUCAGUGCAACUGUGUACAGGGCUUUAUGCAUUCCACUUAAUGAGAUUGUUGCUAUCAAGGUUCUUGAUUUGGAAAAGUGCAAUAUUGAUCUGGAUGGCAUCCGAAGAGAGGUACAGACCAUGAGCUUGAUUGAUCACCCAAAUUUAGUAUGGGCACUUUGCUCAUUUACUACCGGUCACAGCCUUUGGAUUGUGAUGCCAUAUAUGGCUGGGGGAUCUUGCCUGCAUAUAAUGAAAUCUGAUUAUCCAGAAGGUUUUGAAGAGCCUAUCAUUGCUACUUUGUUGCGUGAAGUUCUUAAAGCUCUUGUUUAUCUUCAUGCCCAUGGGCACAUUCACAGAGACGUGAAGGCUGGGAAUAUCUUAAUUGAUUCUGAUGGCGCUGUCAAGCUGGCAGAUUUUGGAGUGUCAGCAUGCAUGUUUGAUGGAGACAGACAGCAUUCCAGAAAUACUUUUGUUGGAACUCCUUGCUGGAUGGCUCCAGAAGUUAUGCAGCAGUUGCAUGGUUAUGACUUUAAAGCGGACAUCUGGUCUUUCGGAAUAACAGCGCUUGAACUUGCUCAUGGUCAUGCCCCAUUUUCCAAAUAUCCGCCGAUGAAAGUUUUAUUGAUGACCUUGCAAAAUGCUCCUCCUGGUCUAGAUUAUGAAAGGGACAAGAGGUUCUCUAAGUCUUUCAAGGAGAUGGUAGCUACUUGCUUGGUGAAGGACCCAAAGAAACGCCCAACUUCAGAGAAGCUUUUGAAGCACCCUUUCUUCAAAAACGCACGCUCGUCUGAUUAUCUAGCUCGAACCAUUCUUGAUGGCUUUGCUCCAUUAGGUGAACGGUUUAGGGUGCUCAAGACAAAAGAAGCUGAACUUAUUGUACAGAAAAAGGCUCAAUAUGAGGACAAGGAGCAAUUAUCACAGCAAGAGUAUAUGAGAGGAAUCAGUGCCUGGAAUUUCAACCUGGAGGACAUGAAAAGUCAGGCUGCACUUAUUCAUGAUUACGAUGAUGUGCCAAAUGCAGAAGAUCAAGAUGGCAGCAGGAAGCAAAGUGACAGGAAUGGUGUCGCUGGAUUAUCUGUGGAGAGAAUGUCUUCUGAAACGGCUAGUACUUCCAUUUCUCCAAGUAGCCAGGAGGAGGGGCUUAACAAUCUUCUAGAUCUUGAGAGAUCACUUGCUUCAUUUCCUAUUAUACCUCUUCAAGCACUCAAAAACUGUUUUGAUAUUGGUGAAGAUUAUGAGGGUGCAAAGAGUCCAAAUCUGAGAGGUGUUAACCAAUCAGGAAGUGAGCCAUUCAUUAUAAAGUCACCAAGAGCUGCAGAUCUAGAUGCUAGUAGAAACAAGGGUGAGAAUUCCAGGCAAAGUGAAUCUUUACCUCAUCAGGUCAUUUCAGAUCACAAAAAGUUCUUGAGCGGUCCACUAAUACCUGAUAAUACCUUCUCUCCCAGAAAUGGUGACAGGGACUUACCACAGCCCAAAUUUCAAUCUGCACACAACUACAGUGGUCCGUUUUUGUAUCGCUGGAGGAGAGAAACAAAUUACCCUUCAUCAGAGGACGCAUCAGAGGGAGCAGUUGUUCGACGGGGACGCUUUAAGAUGACUUCAGCUGAACUCAGUCCCAAGGGACCCACAGACUUCAUAUUUAAUCCGAUUACCGGAGGUUCAACGAGUCCAACAUCUCUAAACCCUACAGUUAGUGCAGUUCUCCCAUCUCUACAAAGCAUUUUGCAACAUAACACUAUGCAAAGGGAAGAAAUCAUUAGACUGAUCAAAUAUUUGGAGGAAAGUUCUGGUAAGCUUGGGGAUUUGACAGAGUCGGGCAUCAAUGACCUUUUGAAGAUAGCGCCUUCCUCUUCAAGGGAGAGAGAACUGCAAUUCCAGGUGCUUCAGCUGCAACAGAGUAUGGGGAACCUCAGUGAGGAAUUGCAGAGACAGAAAAUGAAGAACAUGCAGUUAAAGAAACGAUUAAAUGCAUUGUCCAACGACAAAGAGUGAAGUGUACACCAUAUGCCCGGCGUCUCUUAAGCAGGACUGCAAAUUUUGAGACGCCGUUGCUUGAAUCUCAGUCUCUGGUAACUUUGCUGUAUUUAUUGACCACCAUAUUAUAUGUAUAUUUACAAGAGAUGAAUGUUAAAGAUG